AUGUCAGGUCAAACAUUAGCUGAUCAGUUGAAGAAACUAUCAUCAACACCUAAAAAUGUCGAUCCGGAAUCAGCUUACACUUCUUUGGAUUCCCUUUCUAUCCCCAAACGAGAUGGAGAUGAAGGGAAAGAACAUUAUUUGGAUGUGGGACCUUCAAGAUUGAGAAUGCAGCUCAACGAUGAAGAGGGUGUAGGAGGAACUUUGAGAGGAAGUAAAUAUCAAGGUGUGACCACUGGACGACAGAAGAUCUUCGUUGAUGAUGAUGAUGAUGAUGAUGAUGAUGAUGAUGGGGAGGAAGGAGGAGGGAUGGCUUUUGGUGAUGUCGAGGGAAGCGACGAGGAUGACGAAGACGAAGACGAUGCGGAAGAGGAGAGUGAAGAUGAAGACGACGAUAUGGAUGAAGACGACGAAGAAGAGGAUGAUGAGGAAGAAGAGGAAGAAGAGGAAGAUGAAGAAGAAGAAAACCAGAAACCUCAAUCGAAAUCAAAAUCAAACAAAUCAUACGACCCAAUGGCUUCAUUGAGAGAUUCGAGGUUGAAGGACAUCGAAAAAGGUGUAGGAAUCAGACGACAAAAAGCAUUGUUCGAAUCACUGUUGACUCUUCGAAUAACAUUCCAAAAAGCACUUUCAACAUCAACGUCAUUACCGACACUCGAUCCAUCAGAUCCAGAAGGCGAAAUAGCUACGAAGAAAGCUGAAAUCCUGAAAUCUCUAUGUGAACUGAACGAACGUUUGUUCACUUUAAGGGAAAACACUUUAUUACCAAAUGUCGAAAAACUAAGAGAAGUGGGUAAUAAGAGGAAAAGAGAUGAAUAUGAUGAAGAAGAAUAUUGGAAACAGAGUGCUGAAUCAAGUUUAAAUAUAAGUGAUAAUAAUCAUCUAGAAAUGCUACCAAUAUUGGAUAAAUGGUCUUCGAAAAUCCAAGCUGCAUCGUUACAAUUAGGCUCAAAACAAGCUGGAGGAAGUAAAUUCCUUCAAUCAAUCAAGAAUGGUUCGGGAGGUGUAAUAGAAGCUAUAGAAGUUGGUUUAGCUAGUAAAAGAGAUUCUGAUAAGACUUUGAUGGAAUCUGAGGAAUCAGGAUAUAGAUCUCUACUUCGUGAAGUUAUAGAGAGUAGAUCAGGUUCAGGUCCAGCUGCGGAUCUAAGUCAUCUUAGAAAAGAAAAGAAGAAAAAGAGAGAAGCUGAAAGAGGUGGUAGUAAAGGUAGAAAAUUGAGAUACACCGUCCAUGAAAAAGCUCAAAAUUUCGUUGUACCUAUACCACUUUCCAACGGGUGGCAUGAAGAGCAAGUUGAUGAGUUGUUCUCUUCGCUGUUCGGGGGUGUAGGUAUGUCUGGGGCAGUAGCUGAGAAGAGAGUGGAAGUGGAUGCUGGUGUUGAUGGGGAAGGUCUAAGCGGAUUAGGUGGUUUAAGGGUAUUUUGA